AUGCUUAAUUCCCAGAUCAAAUCAAUUUGGAAGAGCGACCAAGAAAAGUAUACUGCAGUUCCGUUCCGCUUUGUUUUGGAAUGCAUCGCUCGUUAUCAAAUCUUGCCAAUUGAUAAUAAGAUUGUCCCUCUGGAAGUUGGUGGAAAAUCGAUGGAAUCGACGAAAAGAUCGGAUGAGAAAUCGAAUGAUGGACCAGGAUCAACUACUCGUGGCAGCACAACUGGAUCCACAUCGAAAACUCAGAUUUCCGUUUGA